AUGGCGCGCAGGAAGGUGCGGCAGCGGCUGAUCGCCGAGCUAGCCCGCCGUGUGCGGGCCCUGCGCGAGCAGCGGGAGCGACCGCGCGACUCGGUGCGCUACGCCCUGGACUACGAGACGCUGAUGCGGCCGCACUCGGGCCGCAAACUGCCCAUGCGAGCCUGGGUCGACGUGCGCCGCGAGAGUCGGCUCCUGCAACUGCUCGCCCGCCUCCCGUUCUUCGGCCUGGGCCGCCUGGUCACGCGCAAGUCCUGGCUGUGGCAGCACGACGAGCCGUGCUACUGGCGCCUCACGCGGGUCCGGCCGGACUACACGGCGCAGAACCUGGACCACGGGAAGGCCUGGGGCAUCCUGACCUUCAAAGGAAAGACAGAGAGUGAGGCCCGGGAGAUCGAGCAGGUCAUGUACCACGAUUGGCGGCUGGUGCCCAAGCACGAGGAGGAGGCCUUCACCUCUUUCACGCCGGCGCCGGAGGAGACGCCGCGCCCCGUCCCCUACCCGCCGCUCCUCCGGGCCAUGAUUCUAGCAGAGCGACAGAAAAGCGGAGACCCCAGCACGGAGGAGCCCAUGCUCAACCUGGAGAGGAUACGCACUGAUCCCUGGGACUAUCCUGAGAACCUGGAGGCGAAGAAAAAGACCAAGGGCACAGCAGUCUAA